GAAGAAUCAUCAUGUCGGAAGAGAGUCGCCCGCCGUUGUCCAGUGGCACAGACACAGGAAGCACUGCCAGCAACCCCGAGUCCGAGCAGGAGUACAUCCUCAAGGUCGUGCUCAUCGGGGACUCGGGCGUGGGCAAGUCCAACUUGGUGCAGCGCUUCACCAAGAACAAGUACAACGAAGCGAGCACUCAAACGAUCGGGUUUGAGUUCGCUGCCAAGACAAUUCGUGUGGGGGACCGUCGGAUCAAGGCGCAGAUCUGGGACACCGCUGGCCAAGAGCGCUUCCAGUCGCUGACGGCCGCGUAUUACCGCAAUGCCGUCGGGGCGUUGGUGGUGUACGACAUCACCGAUCGCCAUUCGUUCGAACAUGUGACCCACUGGCUCGAGCAGAUCCGAGAACACGCACACGAGAACGUCGUGCUCAUCCUCGUAGGCAACAAGUGCGACCUCGCCCACGUUCCCAACACGCGCCAAGUGUCGACGCUUGAAGCGGCGCGGUUCGCCGAGACGCACCACAUGGAGUUCGUGGAAGCGUCGGCCCUGGACUCAACCAAUGUCGUGGAAGCAUUUAAGCGCAUCAUCGUGCCGGUCGGUCGGCUUCUCACGCCCCCGUCGACGUCUUCUGCGACGGGCCAAACGCCGCGCCUGCCGCCAGGAUGGCGCCGCGUGCUGUCGCGGACUCGGCCUGGGGAGUACUCGUACGAGAACCAGUACACCAAGGAGCGGCUGGCAUUCGCGCCCCAAGACCCUGCGAAACCGUCGCAAUACAGCUUUGAAGCUGGCCACGGGAUCUACGGGAGCGUGGGGGCCACCGUGACCAAGGAAACCCUCGAAAGACAGCACCAAAAGGCGUUCCAGGCGCAAAACCCCGCGUCAUCCAACUGUUGUGGGCUCUGUACGAUCCUCUAACUUAUAAUCACCAUCCGGUACUAUGUUUUGGAGGUUCUCUCUCCGAAAUACGCAA